AUGGCGGCGUGGCGGCUUGCGUUUUUGGGUUUGAUGAGUUCCAUUGUCAUGGAUGUUACCAGCAGCGAGAAGAAGACAUCAUGGCCCGAGGUGGUGGGCAUGUCCAUCAAGGAGGCGACGGAGAUCAUUCUGAAAGACAUGCCCAACGCGUACAUUCAGGUGCUGCCUAUUGGUUCGCCUGUGACCCUGGACAUUCGCCCUGAUCGCGUCCGCAUCUUCGUUGAUACCGUUGCCAAGACUCCGAUAGUUGGCUGA